UCCUGGGCUCAAACGAUUCUCUUGUCACAACCUCCUAAAUAGCUGGGACUACAGGCACCUGCCACAACGCCUGGCUAUUUUUUAGAGAUGGGGUCUUGUUCUUGCUUAGUCUGGUCUCGAACUCCUGAGCUCAAGCAAUUCACCUGUCUCGGGCUCCUAGAGUGCUAGGAUUACAGGUGUGAGCCACUGCACGCAGGCUUUGGGGGAAUUUUUUAUGCACAUAAUCAUGUUGGCUGUGAUUUAUUUAAAUAAAUAAACAGUUUUAUUUCUUUAAAUACAAAUUUUAAGGCACUUUGUUUAUUGCACAGGCUAGGUCCUUUAGUAUAUUGUUAAACAGAAGUGGCAAGACCAGACUUUUUUGUUUUAUUUACAUAUCUUUAUUUUGGAAGUGUACUUUCUCUGGGUAUAGAAUUUUAGGUUGGCUGGCUCUUUUUUCCCCUUUACAUUUCUUUCUUUCUUUUUUUUUGCCCAGGCUGGACUGGACUUGAACUUGAGGGUUCAAUAAAUCUUCCUGCCCUCUGCCUCCUGAGUAUCUGGGAAGAUAGGUGUGAGCUACUGUCCCCAGUUUCUGUUUUCUUAUCUCUCAGGAAGCCGAUACCACCAUUUAGACUGUGAAGAAAAUGGAGAUUAUCCUUCUAAAUAAUGAAGCACAAGACUUUGAUGACUCUGUGUGUAUGUGUGUUGGUAGGAGGGGAAGGUAAAAAACUGACUAAUGCUACAAAAAGGCCUGCACAAUAUUAUCCUUCUCAAAGACGGACACAUACCACACCUCCUUCUCUGUCACACCACACUCACUUCUCACAUCCUUCAGUGUACUCCUGUCUUCCCCACCCCUCCCCUCUGAACUUCACACCAAUAUCCCUUAGCUUCAGAUGGCUUUCUCCCCUUCCCUACAUUCCUCCCAACUCCAUACUGGCCUCUUCCAUACUCACCCUAUAUGUGACUGCAAAUAUACUCCUUAGUGACCCUAGGGCUGUGAUUCUGAGGGGACUGGGACCUCACUAUGUCAGGCAGGUCUUUAGAGGCCAGGAUCAGGCAGAGAGAGGGCCCUCCAACUGGCCUGGAGGCCCCCAGGAGCAGGCAGGAGAGUGCUUGAGCACUUCUGAGCCUGAAAUGGGGCCCACGCUGGUCGUGGGGGGGGUUCAUGGGGUUCCUUGGGCACUGUGCAGAUGGGUAGACAUGAGUCAGCAAUGCAGGUCUUUUCUCCAGAAGUAAAUCAUUGGUAACAGUUUUGUGCUGUCUCCCAUAUUAACGUACACACAUUAUAUAAUGUGUAUGCUUGUUCCUAGAUAGUUUUGUUCACAUAAAUGGGAUCAUAAUCAUGAUCUGUAGUUUUUCACUUAUAAAUUCAUCUUGGAUAGACUUCCUCAUUAACAAUAUAGAUCAAAAUCAUUAUUUUUAAAUUAUAUAAUAUUUUACAGUAUAAAGGACUAUAAAUAAUUAAAUCAAUCCCCUAUUGAUGACUAUUCAAGUUAUUUCAAUGUAAUAUUAUUACCAAAGACUAUUUUUAUGCCACUUUAUAUCAAUGGGAUAAUAUUUCUGGUGUCUUGCCUUUGAAGUUAGGGCUUUGGCCAUUUCUGGCAGAAAAGCAUAGGCAGAACUUUCAUCUUUUUCUUGGAGGGGGCUCAACUGUUAAAAGCCAUGUGUUGCCUCAGUAAUAGCUGCCCUUAUGACAUCAGCAGUGUCCCUCCUCCACCUUUCCUGCCUGUGCCAUAGCUGAGGAACACAGACCUGAGGGGAUUUGAACCAUCUAUACCCAACCCGUGUGUGACCAAUGGAGGAGAAUCAGGGUGAAAGAAAUGAUAAAGCUACGGAAAAAGAUGAGUCUCCAGAGAACGAGAAUCCACCCUUGGCACCAAGCACCCUGGAAGCAGAUACAGAGGCUAAAACUCUGGCUCUGACUGAGGAACCAGAAGCGGAGAAUGUUGACAUGAACGUCAUAGAGCCGCCAGAACACCCAAAGAAGUUAUCUGACAAAGAUAUGGCAGUCAUAAAGAUCCAGGCCUGGUGGCGGGGCACACUGGUACGGCGGGUGUUACUGCACGCGGCCCUCAGGGCCUGGAGCAUUCAGUGCUGGUGGCGGUUGAUACUGUCGAAGCUUCUGGAGAAGAGGCGGCGGGCAGCACUGGAGUCCUUUUCUCGGGAGGAGAGGGCAGCAGUUACUCUGCAGUCCUGGGCCCGCAUGUGGUUCAUCCGUCGGCGCUACUGCCAGGUGCUCAAUGCUGCCCGCAUCAUCCAGGCCUACUGGAGGUGCCACUCCUGUGCUGCCCGGGGUCUCAUCAAGGGCCAGUAUAGAGUCACGGCCAAUCAGCUACAUCUCGAGCUGGAGAUCUUGCUGGGCUCAGGGCCUUGCAUUGUAACGGAAUGUAUUCCCCUCCCAAUAAAGGAGUGAAGUAGUCUUUUC